AUGUGGAAUUUUAUUCCCCCGUCUGCCCCGCAUUUCGGCGGGUUGUGGGAGGCGGGCGUCCGUAGCGUAAAAACUCAUCUGCGCCGCGUGUUAGGAAAUCAUAUGCUAACAUACGAAGAAUUCUCGACUUUAUUAUCUAGAAUCGAAGCAUGUCUUAACUCAAGACCGAUAGCGCCCCUCUCCGAUACGCUUGAGGAUUACGAGUGUCUCACCCCCGGUCAUUUUUUGAUCGGAUCCGCGCUUACUGUAAACCCGGAACCAUCCUUGCUCAAUAUUAACGAGAAUCGCUUGUCGAGAUGGCAACUCGUCCGACACGUUACUGAGCGGUUUUGGAAAUUAUGGAGUAACGACUAUGUCAAUACGUUACAACAACGAGCAAAAUGGCGAAAGGUAGAACCGCCGAUUGAUACCGGGCAACUCGUCCUCCUGCGUAAUCCUAUGUUACCUCCCUGUAAGUGGGAACUGGGCCGAGUGAUGCAAUGUCAUCCCGGUUCCGACGGCUUCGUACGGGUCGUCACCGUCAAGACGGCCACCUCGGAAUUCAAAAGACCGAUCGUAAAAUUAUGCGUUUUACCUAUCAAUAGUGAGGCGACGAGCAAUUAG